CAAAGAUUCAAAGAAUGUUUUCAAAUGCCAAGAUGUCAUACGAUUUCUUUCUGUGAUUUCUUGGCUGUAUGUCAAGAGUAGCAUCAUCAAUUCUUCUCUAUUUAUAGCCAAGACUGAUUCUUUCUUGAUAUCUGCCAAAUACAACUGAAAAUAUAAGACAACCUUCACUUGUCAAUUUUCUCUAUAUAUGGUUAAAAGUGGUUAUGUCUCAAGACCUACAAAACCUUCCCACAAGCAACUCUGAUCAUCAUAAUUAAGACAAAGGCAAUAACCUUUGCUUCUCUGGUCAAGAAAGAAAAGAACUUCAUCUACACAAUGGGUAUCUAUGAGGAUGAAACUCCAUGGAAGAGAGAAACCAAGCGAGGAGGAAACAGAGCCGCACUCUUUGUAUAUGCCAGGGAGGGUCUGGGUCACUCUGGAGAACAUGGCGUUCGUCUCGAGUGCUGUCAGCUUGGUGCUCUAUUUCAAUGAUUAUAUGAACUUGACCAUACCUGAAUCCGCCGUCGUGCUUACAAACGUCAUGGGAACUACAUUCAUACUAACACUCCUCGGAGGAUACAUCUCUGACAUUUAUUUGACAAGAUUCAAGACUUGUGUCUUGUUUGGAAUCAUAGAAAUGCUGGUACGCCCGCACCUAUAUGUACAUUUUUACCAUUUGAAAUCUAGAUGAUUUAACAACUAACAGUUUUGAUUGUGUUUAUUUUCUCUUCAGGGAUUUGGCCUUCUAGCAAUUCAAGCACAUUUCCCUCACCUGAGACCACUCCCUUGCAAAGGGAUUGCACCAAGCCUAGCAUAUCAAUGUGAGGUUGCAGAUAGCACCCAAAAUGCCAUCUUUUACACUGCUUUAUAUCUUAUUGCUUUUGGUAGCAGUGGGGUCAAAGCGGCCUUAACACCAUUGGGAGCCGACCAAUUCGAUGAAAAGGACCCAGAAGAGGCGGUUCAGUUAUCUAGCCUUUUCAACUGGUUCAUGUAUAGUCUCACCAUUGGCUCUAUAUUUGGAGUGACUUUCGUUGUAUGGAUUAGUAUAAACCUAGGUUGGGACUAGUCGUUCGGUGUGUGCACCGUUGCAAUCUUAUUCUCCGUCAUCUUUUUAUCCAUGGGCAAGCCACCGUACCGGAAUAAUGCCCUGAACGGAAGCCCUAUUGUUCGUAUU